UUUUUCUUCCUUAAAUUAGAAACAAAAAGAGGUGUGUCUACCAACAAAAUGGCGAAAAGUAUCAGAGUGAAUGAAGGCGACUGGAUAUGUUCCGACAGCAGCUGUGGCAACGUUAACUUCUCCUGGAGGGACAAAUGCAACAAAUGUGGUAGAGAUAAGGGGAAAGUGGACACGUUUAAGAAGACUGGGGCUGAGAUUGGGAAACAGGCAGCGUCUAAAAGUGGGGGCCUAUUCAGUGCUGAAGACUGGCAAUGUGCCAUGUGUGGCAAUGUGAAUUGGGCUAGGAGGAACGAAUGUAACAUGUGCAAGCAACCAAAGUUUGCUAAGAUUGAAGCACGGACUGGUGUGGGCGGUGGCUAUUGUGAAAGAGAUAAUGUGGAGUAUAUUGAUAGGGAAGAUUCAGACGAUGAAAUUGAUGAAUUUGGACGUAAGAAGAAGCAGUUUCGUUUAAAUAAAAACGGAUCAACUAAUGAUAAUGAGAAUGAGGAGUCGGAGGAAGAUGAUGAUGAUGUUGAUUUAUCAAAGUAUGAUUUAGCAGCCAGUGAUGAGGAGGAGGGAAGCCAAGAGGAAAUUCACAAAUUUUCUUCUUUUAAAAAUAACUCAAAAUCAUCAACUAGUGAUCAGAAAUCAACCGACACUAAACGCAAUAGAUCAAGAUCACCUGAUCACAGACGAAGAUCAAGAUCACCUGAUCACAGGCGGAGAUCAAGAUCACCUCAUGACAGAUACUCUAGGGAUAGACGGAGAUCAGGAUCAGGGGAAAGGAGACAUCGUCAUGACAAUGAGAGGAGAGAGAGGAGAAGGUCCCGCUCUCCAGAAAGGAGGAGGAGGAGCUAUAGGUCGAGGAGUUGAGGACACGCCUCCAGUGGGUGGAGCUGGUAACAGCCUCAGUAUACUGAUAUAGACUGUGACAUUGUCAGUGUAACUAUUAGUAAUCUGUUAGUAAACUGUUAGUAAUCUUUAUAUGCACUUUCUCUCAUUCUCUCCCUUUUUUGUUUCAUGAUAUUUUAUGUUUAAAUUUUGACACUAA